UGUUUAAUUUUGAGGGGAUACUAGACUUACUGUUCCUUUGGUAGGCUGCUUGCUUCUGUGUAUUUUUAUAAGCACAACAUUUCUUCACUCAGAGAAAGAAAGAAAAAAGAAGGUCUAGCUGGAAUGCUUCCUAUUUCGAGCGAUGGGGUAUCUGAGGAUCCUUCCAUAUUUUUGGAGCUAGAAGAUCUGCUUGCCGAUUGUCCCAUUCCAGAUGGCAAUCAAAAUACUGUGAAAAAGUCGUCGGCCAGCAGCCAAGUUGAAGAGAACAAUCAAGACUCUAAGAAGACUGCUCAUAGAUUUACUGAAAGGCAGAGAAGGCAAGAAAUGUCUGGCCUUUAUGCUUCACUCAGGUCUCUUCUUCCCCUCCAAUAUGUCAAGGGGAAGCGCGCUGUAUCUGAUCACAUGCACCAGGCUGUGAAUUAUGUUAACGAUAUGAAGAAGAACAUUGAACAACUGCAGAAAAGGAGAGACAAAUUGAGGAAUAUUACCACUUCUGCUGAUCCAACCACGAAUGCCGGUGAUUCGCCUCGUUGUGUGAAGAUAAACCUUUUUAAAGAUGGGAUGGAGAUCUUGAUUACUCAUAGCCUCAGCAACAAGAGUUUCCCCCUUUCAAAGGUGCUUGCAUAUUUGCUUGAUAGACAGCUCAACGUAGUUCACUGCGUUUCUACCACCACAGCACCCUCAACUUUCCUCCAAACAAUUCAUAUCGAGCUUAAUGAUUCGAGUAGCGUUAAUCUACCUGAGCUACAAGAGCGGCUGGACAAUUUGAUAAGAUUUGCUUAUACGGCAGCUGACGACAGCUAGCUUGAGUUGAGGUGGAAUUUGUACAUACAAAUCAAUGGUUGUUUCUAGUAUCUUAAUUUACUGUUGCAAUUAAGCUUAACAUUAAUUGUUUUAAUGAUUUCUGUCUAUUCUGCAA